AUGAAAUUCAUUGCCACACUUUUAAUUGCUCUCUGUUUGAUUGCCUCUGCUUUCUCUGCCUCUGUCACCUUGACCGGUUGUAACGAAUCCUCUAGCUCAUGCUCUCAAGACUUCCCAGUUAAUCAAUGUACCGCCUACGAUAUCUGUGGCACCAACACUGUCAACAUUAAUUGGCUUAAGAUCUCUGCCAUUGCUUCCGAUAAGACCUACACCGUUGCCCUCUAUCUCGAUGAAGACUGUUCCACCCCUCCAGUCUCUGAAACUUUAACCUGUGGUGAAUGCACCGAUGGCACCAAUUUCAUUGCUGAAUGUCCAUCCUCUGGCUCUGCCACCUCUGUCGUUGCUGGCUCAUUCGCCGUCUUCAUGGGUCUCGCCGGUUCCCUCCUCCUCUAA